CUCACCUUCAAUCAGUAACACAUACACGUACCAGACUCUGGUUCUUAACCUCUCUCUGCCUUGCUUUUUGUUGGGAAGGAUGAAGGAAAUACUCAGGUAUCUAGCAGGUAUUGCAGGUCCAAGUGGUUUUGGAUCAAAUUCAACUGCUGAGCAAGUAACUGAAGAUUGUUCUUGUUUACUCCCUUCUCAGUUAACAGCAAUAAUCACUGGGGCAACAUCUGGUAUAGGAGCAGAAACAGCAAGGGUGCUAGCAAAGAGAGGGGUAAGACUUAUAAUUCCAGCAAGGGACAUGAAAAAAGCAGCUGAAGUGAAAGAGAGAGUGAAGAAGGAGAGCCCACAAGCUGAGGUUUUCUUGUUUGAGAUGGAUCUCAGCUCAUUAGCUUCCAUUAAGAGAUUCUGUUCUAAGUUUUUCUCCCUUGGAUUACCACUUAAUAUACUCAUAAACAAUGCAGGGAAGUUCUCUCAGAAAUUGGAAUUCUCUGAAGACAAAGUAGAGAUGACUUUUGCUACAAAUUACUUGGGGCAUUAUUUUUUAACAGAGAUGUUAUUAGAGAAAAUGGUAGAAACAGCAGACCAAACAGGGAUUCAAGGAAGGAUUAUCAAUGUCUCAUCCACUGUUCACAGUUGGGUCAAAAGAGAUGCUUUCCAUUUCACUCAUUUGAGGAACCCCAUCAAAUACAAUGGAACUCGUGCAUAUGCUCAGACCAAGUUGGCUAAUAUAUUGCAUGCAAAGGAAAUUGCAAGGCAGCUCAAGGAAAGGAAAGCAAGAGUAACAAUCAAUGCUGUCCACCCAGGAAUUGUGAAGACAGGAAUUAUGAGGGAGCAUAAGGGCUUCAUCACAGAUUCACUUUUCUUCCUUGCCUCAAAGUUGCUAAAGACAACAUCUCAGGGUGCAUCAACCUCAUGCUAUGUAGCUUUGAGCCAACAAAUAAAUGGGAGUAAUGGGAAAUACUUUGUUGACUGUAAUGAGAAGAACUGUUCAAGUCUGGCUAAGGAUGAAUCUUUGGCAAGAAAGCUUUGGAAGCAAACUCAUGCACUUAUCCAUAGAAGAUUAUCUCAACCUACAAGCUAAAUUCUUAAGUUACAGAUCCAUGAUCCUCUAGUCAUGUACAUAGUACAUACAUCUUCAUGAAGAGACAAACAAUACUAAUGAACAUCAAACC